AUGACAGAUAGACAACGCCAACAAGCCGCCCCGGCGCCCUCAACGUCCCAGACACAAACACAGACCGGACCGCAGACAGAAACACAGCGCAUCUUGCGUCUACGCGGCGGCCACAACGCAAGUGGGCGAUCAGUACAGUGGGCGGAGGAUGUAGUAGACAACGAAGGCUUGGGCAGGAAGAGCUCCAAGGUUUGCUGCAUAUACCACAAACCAAAAGGCGUAGACGAGUCCAGCGACGAGUCGUCCUCGUCGUCGGAUUCCGACACCGACUCGGAGCCGGAGAGCGCGAGGGGAGACGGCAAGAAGGCGCCCGCGUGUGGUGGCCAUUCGCAUGGCCGUGCGAGGAGGCCCAAGGACGGGCGUAGGCAGAAGAGGCCGCCGAGCCCGAAUGCGUAUGAAAAGGUGCCGAAACAGAAGCCCAAGGAGGAGUCCAAGUAA